CCCAUUUCCCCACUCCUCCUCCCACAAAAAAAGGGAGAAAAAACAAACACCCCACCCAGCAACACCUUACUCUCUCAAAUCAUCCGCCGGAAACGCAGCAGCCCAAUGAGCGUUCCAAGGAUUGGUAACGGCACCCAAGCUUGCGAGGCUUGCAAAUACCAACGUAGAAAAUGCGCCCCUGACUGCAUUCUCGCCCCUUAUUUUCCUCACGGUCGCCAGCGCCAGUUCCUCAACUGCCAUAAAUUGUUUGGGGUCAGCAACAUCACCAAGAUCAUCCGCAACCUCCACCCUCCUGACAAGGACGAGGCCAUGCGCACCAUCAUUUUCCAGUCUGACGUCCGCGCCUCCGACCCCGUCGGCGGUUGCUACCGUAUCAUCCGUGACCUCCAGCGCCAGAUCGAGUACACCAAGGCGGAGCUCGAUCUUGUCCUCCAUCACUUGGCCAUAUGUCGUGCCACCCACCAACAACAACAGGCCAGCAUACCGGAAUCCCCAUCGUCCAUUUCCAUUGAUCCCGAUCCUUUGAAUUCCUAUUACCAUCAUCAGCAUCAUCUUCUUCAUCCCCAUCCUCAUGAUUACGUGGUGCAACAAAAACAGAACCAGGAUAUCAAUGCAUGGGUCAUGCAUGAUGUCGAUUCUUUGCACGUAAAAGACGGCGGGUUUGUUGAUGUUGAUGAUAUUAAGCCGCUUCUUGAUAUCAAUGGGGAUGGUGAUGAUGGCGUCGAUGUCGAUCACAGAAGCGAUGAAGUGGUUUUGAAGGAAGGCAGAGGCAUACUGAAGGAAGACAAUGACUCCAUUCAACAUGCUCAAGAUCAUGAUCUAAAGGGUGCAGCUACAUUGUUUACACUCACAAACUGUAAUGCCUAAUUGAAUCUGUCAUUCUCUCUUGUAUCCCCUCUUUGUUGUUAGUGUUAGAUUUAGUAAACAGAUUGCAUAAAGAGCAAUGCCCCAUCUUCAUUUGC